CAUCAUGGCGGCCCGCAUGAGUAUGUCGCCGCACGGACGUUUUCCCAAAAGUGCACGAAUCAGGGUUUACUCCACUAUGCCCCCAGAUGCGUCUCUGUAUUACUUUGACUCAUUCUGGCAUUUAUUGUAUUAUUCGGAGUGCCCGAAAGUUACCCAUGUGGAAACUAAGCUUCUCAAAGCAAUCAAACUAUUAGAACAUUCCUCGAAACCGUACGCAUCUUUAACCAAUACUGGAGGUGAACAGAGCCAGUUUGAUGAGUUUGGAGCAGUCACGAUGCUUCAACCUCCUGAAUAUUCCCCUACUCACCUGUCCAGUUUGACAACUACCUCAACCCCAGGGAUAACUUCAGUUGUCUCAGUUUCACAGCAGCUCAAUGUUAGCGAAAAUCAAGCUCUAUCUUCAAAUUCAAAGAGUGUUUCACCACCGAAGAGAAUGCGAGUGGUUCCAAAAAAUGAUUUUUUAGUUUCAACUCCAAGACCAAGUAGAUCUAGAUUUAUAUCUAGGCCCAGAGCUCAUGAUUUAUGUUCAAGUUCAAGCAAUGCUCAAGAAGUUACCGUAGUCUUGAGAGGGGAAGAAAGUGUGUCAUGCCCAGAAUUCAACAACUCGGGGGCAGAUUAUUAUUUUCUGGACUUGGACAUUGUAGAAAUAGGAAAUCAGGAAUACUACAAAACGUGCAGCUUAUGGCUUUCAGGUUGCCUUAUUCCAUCUUUUGAAAGUUCCCGUAUUUUGAAAGAUGGAGAUACAGUUUAUGUCCAAAUAGUGUACACUCCCAAGGACUCUAGUUUAGAGCAGCAAGUUUCAGUUAGUAAACCCAUUGUCACUAUUGCUGGAAAUGGAGGAGACUAUGCGCGGUCAAGAACUAUCUCGGAAGAGACAGGCAAACGUAAGUCACCUCAAAAGCGGCGUCCUUCCAACUAUGAGCCAAGUCUUAAUCACAACCAAAGUCUUACUGCUCCUUCUGACAACAAAAAGACACAUAGGAGAUCAGAAUGUAAAGGCUAUAAAUGUUUUGCUCCUCGGAAAGAAUCAGAAAUAAAUCUAGAGGCUGGAGUUUCUGGUGACUAUAGUGCCAGUGGUGCUGUGGGUGGCUACAAUGAAACACUGACUCCUGAUCAAGGCAGCUCUGCAGGAUGUUGCAAUGGAAACGGUGAGGGAGCUGUACGAAAAAAGUCCCGUCAAAAGGAAAAUUUACGAGCAGAGAGUGAGGAUUCACGCUCUGUUAAAAAGCUGACCGGGAAUAAGACAGACUUUGAUACUCCUGGGGAGCAUUCUAAUUUUGAUAAAUCCCAGGCAGCACAAGAUACUGAAAGUCAUCUUUUUGCAAGUGAAUGUCAGCCUCAACGUGCAAACUUGAUGUCUCCUGAGAUCCAAUCUCUUCUGCGCAAAAAAAUUGCUCAACUCUCGAAAGAAAAGGAAAGAUCUAAAAAGCUAAACCCUGGCAAAGGAACAGUGGCUUCUUGUGCAAAUUUAGCUAGUUCCUUUGCAGAAACAAAAAAAAGACUGGCUUCUCAGCCGCCUUCAACUACGAUUACAAAUGAAGAAAUUGCUGAUGAUGUUGUACAUCCGAAAAGGAGGCGAAAGCGUAAGAAAAAAGGUAAAAGUGAAGCAACAGAAACUGUGGAACCUGCUGGACAGCCCCAGGCUCCUCCAAACUAUUGCCUUAAUUUACCCAUAGAUCAACAGCCUCAAAAUACUCGAUUAGUAUUUGAGGUUUCUUCCGAAGAAGAGGUUGAAAAUGUAUCAAAUGAAAAUGCAUCUCUCAUUGACUUGUCAGAUUAUGCACCCACCAUCCAGUACUUUAAUAAUUUGGAGUCUCAUGGAAAAGAAAAUUGUAAAAACAGUGUACCAGCUAGUGAGAAAGAUAAUGAAAGCUUCCUGGAUGUUGCCCAACCCAAUGACAAAGGGGCUACAUCAGAGUUAAAUGCUGGUACCAAAAAUAUUGAAUCUGUUUCAACUUUUAUGGCUGCUGCUGCUGCUUGUAUCACAUCUUCUCCUGACAGCUCCGCAGUAACGCCCCUGUCAAAGUCAAAGAAAUCUAUCUCAGGGGAAUCUCUGAGCAGUGUGCAUAGAAGAGCUAAUACAAUUGCCCAGCGAUUCAGUGCCUCUCUUGCGGAGAAAUCUCAGAAAUUCACCGUUGGGGCAGCAAUUGAUCCUGCUGGAAAGUUUGAAGAGUUGUUGGGCCGUAGGCGUGUUCGAAGUCGUCAAGGACUCUCGGGCUCUGGGGAUGCUUCUGAAAGAAGCUGUGAUGAAGACAAGCUAAAAAAGUUACCUGUGGAAGAAAUGGAGAAAGAGACUUAUGAUGCUGCCUCAGUGCUGUUGUCUACUGACUUGCCGAAAAGUGAGAAGGUUUCACAGCAAGUGGAGAAUGAUUCAAAGAACCACCAUGAUACCAGAAAACUUCUUGACAGAAGUGGACACUUGUCUGGUGACAGAAGAAUUGAAGUGACGCCAGUGGGUAUUGAGUGUGAGAAGAUUCCAGUGCUGGAAGGUCCACCGCAGUUAGGGGAUAUCGUUGCUUUUAAGGUCAUGGAACUUGGUGAAGAUUACACACCUAGUCUGUCCAGCUUCAAGAUUGGCAGAGUAAUCCUGUAUGAUUGUCUGAAUGACAACAUUGAAAUUGAAAUUGACCGACAAGAAGCUCCUAAAAAGCGGACUGGACGUUUUGAGAUGACAUUCAGUGAUGAAGAAAAUGAGGUUGAAGAGCCACUGAUCUCAGCUGUGUACAGCCAGCUAUACGAAGUUCGGUUGGUGCGGCGAGGCUGUUGACAACUGUUUUCCUUGUUUUGCCGUCGAAAAUUCUUCGGAGAAAUUUUCUGCAAAGGAUGUUUUAAAACGGGGACCAUUUUAUUAUUACUUUAACUAAAAUAUUCAUCUUGAGAAAUCAUUUGCAAGGAAUCUUUUAAAACCUUUAUUUAGUUUAUUAUUACUUUGACUAAAAUAUUCAGUUUCAACACUUUACUGACAUUCACAAGUAAAAUUUGCUCUUCUUAGAUUUACUUAACGGGUGGAUUGUGGCUUUGUCUGCUGGAAAACAGGGCCUUAGUUCAAUAGAUGGGCCUUGAUCAGUUUUAUCACCCAACCAGUAUCAAUAAGAUUUACAAAACAGCAUCUAGAUCAAGACGUCUUGUCAUGAUAAUAUAAAAUGUACAUUUGGUUGCCAAAUGACAUUCAUAAUGUUCGUCAGAGGCAAUACUGUCAAUAAUAGGAUGCUUCCAUUUGUUUGCAAUAUCCUUUUUAGUCCAACAUUGUGCUUUUCUUUGACUGUUUUGGCACUUUUCUCGGGACUGACAUUUGUGGUGUAGCAGUUGGGCUCUUUGCUGUGGCAUGGAGGAGAUUCCUGAGGGGGGUGGGGGGUUGGGUGGUUUAUCAGGUGUCUUGGUCUUUCUGUAGAGAUGUUACCUCCAUCUCAGCCCAGGUUGGUUCUUACAGGCAGGGUUGGAAGCCUACCUCCUAAAUUAUCUAAAUUGUGUAAAAAUACCGACAUUAAUUCGGCUACGGUGUCUUCUCCACAAUGUGACCCUGUUUUAAAACCACCUUGAACAUGUUAAUACCUUGAUUAGAAUGUUUUAAUUGGUUGAAUUCAAGUCAAAUAGGCUACAAUGGAAUUCUUUGCUUUCUUGUCUGCAGAAGACAUGUUUUUGGUGUUUUUGUGAGAGACAUU